AUGGCUCGAGUUCGGUCGUACCGGAGGUAGCUGGCGUAGGCGGCCGUAAGUCCGUUCACGUUGAGGCUAAUGUCGGCCAGUGCCAGGUUGAAAAUCAAGUAGUUACUUGGGGUUCUCAGCUCCCUAACUCGCAGGAAGGAGGCGACCGUUACUGCGUUGAGGAGGAACCCGAGGACACCUGUCGGCGGACGGACAGCACUCGUGGUAACUGACGAAAACAACAACCAGGCUCUUCGCCUUUACUUACCGCCAACAAACAGCGCCGAGCCGAACAAGAACAUAUCGAAGUCGGUAAAACCCUCAGAUUUGGGUGGAUACACUACCCUCUAGUGGCAACGUUGAGUAUGACAUACCUCAUUUAACAUGGGUGAAACCAGCUGCUCCCUGUUAAGACCAACAUGAGUUGUUCUCCCCUUCAUGAGCACGUCGUGUCCUGCACAGUGUAGCUGCUUCUUCCACAAACUGAGUGAUGGUUCCAAAGCCAGAAGCGUCCUGUGCAAUGAUCCCGCGAUCAGUGUCAUUCCUACAAAUUUCCCCGCAGACACCUCCAAGAUACGAAUUGAGAAGACUGCCAUUACGAGGAUUUCUAGUGGCAACUUCCGCUACCUCAGCAGCAUGGAGUUCCUCUGGAUGUCUUUCAACUCCCUGAACUCUCUCAGUGUGGACAGUUUUCGGGGUCUUACAAACCUGGACGAGCUCAGGCUGGACGGGAACGCCCUUACCUCGUUCCCGUGGGAGUCAUUGAGUGACAUGCCCAACCUGAGGCUGCUUGACCUGCACAACAACAAGAUAUCCAGCAUGCCUGCUGAGGCUCUCGUGUUCAUAAAAAAUAUCACCUAUCUGGAUUUGUCCAGCAACAUUCUGACCACUCUCCCUGCAGAUGUUCUCUCACUUUGGCUAAACGUGAAACCGCUUCAAGAUGCCGAUUCCUCCAAGUUUAUUCUUGGGCUCCAUGACAACCCGUGGUUGUGCGACUGCCGUCUUUAUGAUCUGGUCCAGUUCCAGAAAUCUCCAAGGUCAUCAGUAGCUCUAAUAGACCCCAGGCUCCGAUGUGCUGACCCAGAAAGUCUGUCAGGGGUUUUCUUCACUGAAGCAGAGCUGCAACGAUGUCAGGGCCCUCGGGUGCAUACAGCCGUCGCGCGGGUCCGUAGCUCGCUGGGCAACAACGUCCUGCUUCGUUGCGGCACAGUCGGUGUUCCAAUCCCUGAACUUUCUUGGAACCGUGCCGAUGGCAAGAAAAUCAACGGCACUAUUCAACAGGAGAUCUCAAAGGAGGGCAUCAUUUGGUCCAUUCUAAGUGUUCCCGCAGUCUCAUACAGAGAUUCGGGAAAGUAUGUGUGCAAAGCAACCAACUUUGUGGGCACCGCAGAUGCUAUCAUAUCCUUGGUCAUCACAGAUACAUUUCGGUCUGAAGAAGCAGGGGGUGUCAUCGCUAAGAGACCACAAAGGAAGAAGACUAGUGGUAUCGGGAGAGCGGCAUAUCAAGAAAAACUUAUUGCUAGAUAUGUCCCUCCCCCGACUGCAGCACCAGGUAAGCCUGUCAUCGAACCCCUGAAUGGCAAAGGGGUCACUGGGAAAUACGAGGUCGAGAGCUACAGCGUCUCCUCUGGAUCUCGAGGACGAGGCCGAGGGUCGAACUCUCGAAAGCCGGAUCAAGGGGCUUUGGGUAACAUGGUGGCCAACGCCUCGUCCUUACAGCAAGCCCCGGAGAAAAGGGUUGUACGUUCUGUGAAGGUAAUCGGUGAUACCGACCACACCGUAUCGUUGAACUGGCGAGCCCCGACGGCCACAAACACCACCGAAUUCAGUGUCCUGUAUGCUGUAUUCGGCGAGCGCGACAUGCGACGGAUCAACGUCGGAGCGGGCAAAAACCGUAUCACUAUUGACGGCCUGGUGCCAAAAACAAAGUACAUUGCUUGCGUUUGCGUCAAAGGUCUGAUCCCGAGAAAGGAGCAGUGCGUAAUCUUCUCAACAGAUGAGGCAGCUAGCGCAAGCGGCACCCAGAAGCUCAUUAAUGUGGUUGUCAUAACCGUGGCCUGUGUGAUCGCUGUGCCCCUCACCCUGAUUGUGUGCUGUGGCGCCAUCAAGAAGCGUUGCCAAAAGCUCCUGGGCAGACCGUCCAAGGAAAUACAAGAUUCUUACGUCACAUUUGAGACUCUAGGCCCUGGGUCCAAAACUAAAGGGAUGGAAAAUGAGUUUCUGACACGGCUAAACCCAGAUGAGUCCAACCGGUUGCUUUCGGCGAGGUCAAGUGUUGACUCAGAAGCUAUAACCAGGACUGAGGGGCCACCUAAUGAGUACUUCUGCUAGAACCAAUCAUUUGCCUCAACUUCUGGAAGAUGCACUUUGAGACUGGAGUAGUGAAAAUUGAUUCCUCCUUGGAGGAUCUCCAAAGGACUUUGACAGCUUAUUUGCCACUGAAUGAAAUAACUUAUCAGCCUUGUUGGAAAAACACAAAAUAUUAUACAUGACAGAAAAAAGGGAAAUGACACACAGUGAAAUGGUUAUAUAAUAUAUUGUUAAUUUUAUAAAUGUGUGGGACCUCAUGAUAAAAGAUGAAAAUGUCAACUUUUCAACCUUAACAUGUUUUAUCCAAUAUAACCUGUACACUGUGCAAAAACCUUUACAUGAAUAUAAUUUAUUUAGAAAGACCAGCGAUGGUUAGACUGUUUUGUUUGUCGUCACGUGCCAGGUUUUCUGUCCAAAACUCUUGACAACUUGCACAAUUUGUAAUAUGUAAAUAUAUUGUCAACUGGGGCAUAUGUACAUGAAAUAACUGUA